AUGAACUCGCACGGAAUUCUCAGAUCGCAAGGAAAACGGAGUGCCAUAUUGCUCGUGAUAUGUUGCGCGCCCACGCGUCGCAGGAGGUGCGGCCUCCGGCGGCCUGUGCCAUGCCCCGUCCCUGCGUGGACGGCGCGGCUGGCAGCGCUGACGUGGCUGAGCGCCUUGGCGGCCAUCGCUGGAGAGACGCGUCCCGCGACGCCGCCGCAUAGCUACGAGGACUGCUCGCCGCUGUACCGGCGCUACAGCCGACACCACACGCAGUGCCUGCCCCCCGGCAAGGACAGGUCGUGCAGGCCGCUCCAGGUGGGGGUCAGCGACGCCGAAAGGGAGCUGAUCCUCGACAUCCACAACCAGUACAGGAACCGACUGGCGUCGGGCGACGAGAUGGCCCACGGACUGCCCGCGGCUGCCGACAUGAUGCAGCUGGAGUGGAACGAAGAGCUGGCGACCAUUGCUCAGAAACAUGCAAGCAGGUGUGCAAUCAAGACGGACUGCUCGGAUUGCAGGCGAGUGGAGAGCUUCAGCGUAGGGCAGAACAUUUGCAAUUACAAGAUUCGAUCGCGAACGACGCCGUCCGUCUACUGGCGGUCCACCAUAGCCUUCUGGUACGAAGGCAUCAAGCAGUUCCAUCCACGAUCCAUUGACCCAUACGUCUACAAGCCCCUGUAUGGCACGUUUACGCAGGUGACCUGGUCCCGGACGUGGGCCGUUGGCUGCGGCUACUCGCUCUUCACCAGGGACCGCUGGUUCAUCCAGUCCUACGUCUGCAACUACGGACCCUCGUGA